GUAAGCGGUAAUAGCAGACAGCAAUAUCGGGAACCCUGCGGUUCAUGAAAAAACUCAUUUCGAAUUCGCUAUUGUCGUACAAGCGAGAAGCUGUGGUGUAAGAUUCUACAUUCGGCUCGAGAAUUGAUUUGUGAUUGAACAAUCGAAUUGUAAAUGAAUAUUUUUACAUAUGUUACAUAAAUAAUAUAUUACAUUGGUAAGAGAAAGAAACGCUGGGUAACAUAUGCCUCGCAGAUUCAAGAGAUUUCGUCGAGAGAACGAGCAAUAACGGAUUUAAAGAGACUAAUUUGAAGAGAGCUGGAUAUUGUUACUGAAACGCAAAAAUCACAGAAAAUAAGAGGAAACAUGACAUCAUACAACACAGGGUGUUCAACCAAUGAAAUUCAUUCAAACGGCCAAACCUCAAAACGUAAAGGUGCACUUAGGAAUGACGACAACGAGACGACAACGAAAGGGGACAAUGGCGUCGCUUCAAUAGAACACGUUCCAUCAAUCAUAGAGUUGAAAAACGCGCUACCAGAGCACUGUUUUAAGUCAUCACUCCUACAGUCGUUAUUCUAUGUUGGAAAGGAUUGUGCCAUGAUCGCAGCUUUAGUCCUCGUGAUGUCAUAUAUAGAAAGAACUACUUUCAUAAUUUAUUUACUUUCUCUACCUUUCUAUUGGUUCUUAACCGGAACUUUAUUUUGGUCGCUGUUCGUUUUAGGCCACGAUUGUGGACAUUCGUCCUUCUCGAAAUACACACUUGUGAAUGACGUCCUUGGGAAUAUAUUACACACGUUCAUUCUUGUACCAUAUUAUCCAUGGAAGCUGUCCCAUCACCAUCACCAUAAGAAUACGUGUAACAUCGACAAGGAGGAAGUAUUUUAUCCGGUGAGAGACAAAGAUCGCAAGGACAAAAAGUUCAAAGUAAUGCCACUGUUCGGGUUUGGACUAAGUUGGAUUGUGUAUUUAUUCAAUGGAUUUUCUCCUCGAAAUCUUUCCCAUUUCAAUCCCUUUGAAGACAUGUUUAUCAAGCAUUUAUUCCAGUGUAUUAUUUCAUUGGCUUGUCUAUGCAUAUGGAUAGGAUGUCUUGCAGUAUACGGAUUUUAUUUCGGGUAUAUUUCUAUAUUGACGUAUUACGCUGUGCCAUGCUUCGUGUUCAUGUCCUGGCUGGUCAUUGUGACCUUCCUCCAUCACCAUGACGUCAAUGUACCAUGGUUCGCUGAUGCUAAAUGGUCGAAUGUGAUUGGUCAAUUAUCAACGGUGGACCGUCAUUAUGGCUGGGCGCAUGCGCUGACGCAUAAUAUCGGAACGCACCAGGUGCACCAUCUAUUCUCAAAAAUUCCGCAUUAUCGCCUCGAGGAGGCAACGAAAGUAUUUCGGGAAAAGUAUCCACAUUUAGUUCGUAAAUCAAACGAGCCUAUCAUGACGUCAUUCCAGAGAAUGUUCUACGUUUGGUACUCACAGAGAUUUAUAAAAGACGACGUAAAUGUCCACGUUUAUAAAUAAAAGAACGAUUAAAUUUCGUAAACGUACAUUUUAGGAAAUGGAGAGUUUAAGCAUGCAUAUAAAAUCGAAACGCCAACCAAUUAGUAUGACCAAUCGUCCAUGCAAAUGUAUCGCUUAA